CUCUCUCUCUCUCUCUCUCUCUCUCUCUCUCUCUCUCUCUCAGAGACAAAAAUGGCGGAAGAAAAGGAGUCGGCGUCGAUCCCACUUAGUCAAGCUGAGAACGGCGGUCCCGAUCCCGAAGACCCGGCCAAGUCUCCCCCUAGCUCUCCCAAUUCCUCCACUCGCAAGGCUUGUUGCUUUGUUCUCCAGAGUUGGGUGUCGAAGAAGUUUAUGACCGGAAUUGUAGUUCUGUUUCCUGUUGCGGUUACAUUCUUUGUUACGUGGUGGUUUAUCCAGUUUGUUGAUGGGUUCUUCAGCCCACUCUACGAGCAGCUUGGCAUUGAGAUAUUUGGACUUGGAUUUAUCACAUCCUUACUUUUCGUAUUCUUUGUUGGUAUCUUUGUUUCCUCAUGGAUGGGUGCCACUGUUAUCUCUGUGGGAGAAUGGAUUAUAAAGAAAAUGCCUUUUGUUAAGCAUAUCUACUCCGCCUCCAAACAAAUUAGUGCCGCAAUUUCUCCAGACCAAAAUACCACAGCUUUUAAAGAGGUAGCAAUUAUCCGUCACCCACGUGUUGGUGAAUAUGCAUUUGGGUUUAUCACAUCAACCGUUACCCUUCAGAGGGAUAACGAAGAUGAAGAGUUGUGUAGUGUUUUUGUCCCAACAAAUCAUCUAUAUAUAGGUGAUAUAUUUCUUGUUAACUCCAAGGAUAUCUUAAGACCAAAUCUGUCUAUCCGAGAAGGCAUAGAGAUCAUUGUUUCCGGGGGUAUGACAAUGCCCCAAAUCAUUUCUCCUCAAGAAAGGGUUACCCAACAGAGUGAUAAAAUUCCUUUGAACAGAAUAAAGUGAUGUCAUCAAACAAGAGACUCCCGGUAAGAUUAGAAUUCUCCACUAUGUACGAAGCAUCAAAGUCUUGUCUAUGUGCUGGAACUAUGAGGUUAGGUUGUUCAUAAUAGUAGGCUUUAUGAUGAAAUAAUUGUCUCUUUUGAUGUUGUAGUGAUGCUGAUGUUUGGAAGUGCCAUUUGUAUACCAUUUAAUUAUGCAUGUGUUAAUUUAUAGAACCAAAUGAUUUUCUUAAAGUAUAUAUAAAUUUA